CAGGGAAUGCAGUGGAAUACUAAAUGUUAUAGAAAGACUGGUAAGCAACACAUGGAACAGGGACUGGACCAUCAUAUCUAACGCCAUGACAUGGGAUCAUAAUGGAUUUUCAAAUUAUUAUUUAAUACCAAAUAUCUCUUAAAAAAAUCUGAGGAGAAAUGUCUGUAGAUACUUUUUAAAAUAUUUACCAAGUUUUUAUUUUUAAUUGGUGAUUCAACAAUCUGGAACGUUUUUAACAAGGUAACACUUGAUUAUUGGUCUUCUGGCCUCGUGAGGUGGCUGUUGCGUGGAGCUGCAGCUAUGGACAUUGAGGCGAGGCAUCGUCGUUUCUCCCCAGCAAGCUCACCAUGCUGAACAAUGUCUUCGACGUGUUGUACAUGAUUCUGGAGCUGCUGAUUGCCCUGCUCUCGGUCCUGGGCAACGUGUUGGUCUGCUGGGCAGUGGGCCUCAACAGCAACCUCCAGAGCAUCACCAACUUCUUUGUCGUUUCGCUGGCCGUGGCAGACAUCGCAGUGGGUGUGCUGGCCAUUCCCUUCUCCAUCGUGAUUAGCACUGGUUUCUGUGCCAAUUUCUACGGUUGUCUGUUCAUCGCCUGCUUCGUCCUAGUGCUGACCCAGAGCUCCAUAUUUAGCCUUCUAGCCAUUGCCAUCGACCGCUACAUUGCUAUCAAGAUCCCGCUAAGGUGA